AUGAGGCUCCUUUCUUUUUUCGUUGUUGCAGCAGCAGUCUGCACUGCCGUCCCAUAUGAAGAGUAUAUCCUAGCACCAGCAACUCGAGAUCUGGUUCCGGAAAGGGUGUAUCAUGUUAACGGCUCCAUUUCUAACCCCUCUGCUCUAACCAAUGCGAAAGGUGGGAAAGCAACUUUUCACGGUGUCUCAUCCGUCACUUAUGACUUUGGUCGCAACAUCGCCGGCAUUGUCUCCCUGGACGUCAGCCGGGUCUCCUCGCAGGACGCCUUCAUCGGAGUCACCUUCUCUGAAUCUAGCCUCUGGAUCAACAAUGAAGCGUGCGACGCAACUGCCGAUGCAGGUCUUGACUCGCCUCUGUGGUUCCCUGUCGGACAGGGCUCGGGACGAUACACCGCAGAGACGAAGCACAACCGCGGAGCCUUCAGAUAUCUGACUCUGGUCACCAACACAUCAGCGACUAUCGUUGUUGAAAGCGUACGAGUCAACUUCACGGCCGCUCCGUCUCAGAAUCUCCGCGCGUAUACGGGCUACUUCCACUGCAACGAUGAAUUGCUCAAUCGCAUCUGGUACGCAGGCGCAUACACAAACCAGUUGUGCACCAUUGACCCCAGCAUGGGGAAUGCGUUGCCCUUGCUAGGCACCAUUACCUCCAGUGGCAAUAUCAGCCUCCCCGAGACUGUCCCCUGGUGGAGCAACGAUACCAUCUCCAACGGGACCAGCGUGCUCACGGACGGAGCGAAGCGGGACCGCCUUGUCUGGCCCGGCGAUAUGUCUAUUGCGCUGGAGAGCAUCGCAGUCAGCACGUAUGACUUGUACAGUGUGCGAAUGGCGUUGGAUUCACUCUUCGCAAUACAACAAGCCGACGGCCGUCUUCCGUACGCCGGCAAACCCUUCUAUGACAUCGUCAGCUAUACCUACCAUCUCCACAGCUUGAUCGGCGUGUCGUACUAUUACCGCUACUCAGGAGACCUGAACUGGCUGGCCGCACACUGGAACCAGUACAAACGCGCCUUGCAAUGGUCGUUAUCCAGCAUCGACGACACCGGUCUAGCCAACGUAACCGCAAGCGCAGACUGGCUGCGUUUCGGCAUGGGAGGUCACAACAUCGAAGCAAACUCCAUCCUCUACUUCGUCCUCCAGGAAUCUCUCCUCCUCGCAAAAACCCUCAACGACACCACCACCUCCUCCUCAUCAACCUGGUCCCGUAUCGCAACCACCCUCAAAUCCUCCGCCAACGCCAGACUCUGGGACCCAGCCGUCGGCCUCUACCGCGACAACGAGACCACCACCCUCCACCCCCAAGACGGCAACGCCUGGGCCCUAAAAGCCAACCUCACCUUGUCCGCAAAUCAAUCAUCCAUAAUCUCCGCCGCCCUCUCCGCCCGCUGGGGGCCCUACGGCGCACCAGCGCCCGAGGCAGGAGCAACCAUCUCCCCCUUUAUCACCGGCUUCGAGCUACAGGCUCACUUCCUCGCUGACCAGCCGCAGCGCGCUCUAGAUUUGAUGCGCCGGCAGUGGGGAUUCAUGCUUGAUGAUCCGCGGAUGACGCAGUCGACGUUUAUCGAGGGGUACAGUACGGACGGGUCCUUGCAUUACGCGCCGUAUCGCAAUGAUGCGCGGAUCUCGCAUGCGCAUGGGUGGGCGACGGGGCCGACGGCUGCGUUGAUGUUCUAUGCGGCUGGACUGCAGCUUGUUGGGGCGGGUGGGGAAAGGUGGGUUUUUGCGCCAAUGCCGGGAGAUUUGAGGCGUGCGGAGGCGGGGUUUGAGACGUCUUUGGGGGGGAAGAAGGGAUAUACGAAGUUGGUGUUUACGACUCCGGAGGGCACGAUGGGCGAUGUGAAGCUGGAUGCGGAGGGUGUGCUGGUCUCCAGCAGUGGAACGAGGGUAAGGCUUGUCGAGGGGGUUGCUACGGGUUUGCAUGGUGGUACUUGGAGGUUGAAGAGUCUAUAAGUGUGGUAGUCUUCUCAUGUGCC